AUGAAGCUGCAUCUGAAACCCGUAGCUUCACCAGCAAGUAAAAUUAUAGUGAAAUGGGUGUAUUGUGGUAUUAUGCAAGCUUUGUACUGUGCUGUUGUGGGUUUGCUCAUGCCGUCAAUUGUUCAUGUUACGGCUGGCGUACGAUCCAAAAGCGUGACUUUAUUGCCGUUGCUUCAAGUCACGUGUUGCUUGGGCUUAAAACCGUGA